AUGGAGCCCAGUCACAUUUUCACGGCUCUGUCCCCCAACCAGAGUGGCGUGGAGGUGGAAGGGGGAGAGUGGAGCGCGGCGCCCCAGGCUUGCCCCCUCAGACCCCUGCCUGUCAUCUACUACAGCACCCUGCUCUGCCUCGGCCUUCCAGUAGCCAACCUGCUGACGGUGCUGGUGCUGUGUCAGCUGAUGGCGCGGCGUCAGAAGUCGUCCUACAUCUACCUGCUGGCGCUGGCGGCCGCCGACAUCCUGGUGCUGCUGCUGGUGGUCUUCACCGACUUCCUGUUGGAGGACUUCCUGUUGCGAUCUCCUCUGCCGGGAGCAGUGCAGAGCACAGUACAGGUGCUGGAGUUCUGGGCGCUGCACACGUCCGUGUGGGUGGCGGUGCCCCUGACGGUGGACCGCUACGUGGCCGUGUGCCACCCGCUGCGCUACCCCUCCAUCUCCUACCCGGCCCGGACGCGGCGGGUCAUCGCUGCGGUGUACCUGGGCUGCCUGCUCACCGCCACCCCGUACCUGUGGUGGCCCGACCUGUGGAUCGGCCUCUCUGCCGUCGGGAGAGGAGCCCCAGGAGCCCCAUUAGCCGGAGGUGGAGAUGGUGGACAUAGGAAUCGGACGGUGGGCCAGCACGCGCUGGUGUGGACGCACUGCCUGACGGUGUACGCAGCCCCCUGCUCCGUCUUCUUCGCCCUCAACACGGCCAUCGUCAGGCGCCUGCGCAGCCGCCUGCGCAACCACGGCACCCAGGGUGGCGGUCACGGGCGCCUCCGCCUGCGAGGCCUGGCCACCGGCCGCACCACCGCCAUCUUGCUGGCCGUCACCUCCAUGUUCGCCAUCCUGUGGCUGCCGCGCACGGCCCUGCUCCUGUACCGCCUCUACACCCCCCACCACAACUACCACCGCCACGGGGACCAGCAGGGGGCGCAACACCAGGGUGACCCGCAGCAGGCCGCCCGGCUGCUGCAUCUGAUGGUCGACGUGGCCAACAUGCUGGCCCUGCUCAACACCGGCGUCAACUUCUUCCUCUACUGCUUCAUUAGCAAGCGCUUCCGGGCGGUGGCGGCCAGCGCUCUCCGGGCGCUGCCCCGCUGCCGCCCCCCGCCGCCGCCCUUCUACGCCGGGCACCACCUCGGCGGCGCCGUCUCGGCCUCCAGCAGCCCCUGGAUCUCGCCCGCCAACUCGCAGCGGGUCCGGAUGUUCGUGUACCAGUACGACAAGCACGGCCGCCCCGUCUGCAUCUCCUCCUGA